ACUACCCUCCACCAAGACUUGACCAUCCCACAUGGAAAGAUGGGUUACUCAGACCUUGACUACCCUCCUAACAGAAGAAUAGUAUCUGACUGGGUUCAUCCUCAGCCACUCCCAAAACCUCACUUUGAGAGACGACCACCUCUCAGUCCACCCCGGGGGAGAAGAUGGAAACGACAUUCAAGAGAGAGGAGCAGAUCCCCGCCAUUGAGAGACGGUCCACCACCACAUCAAAUAAGAAGAGGUCCACCACCGCUCAGAGAUUACCGCCGUAACAGUUACUUCGAUAAGUGUGGCGACAGAGACAUGAUAUGAAACUCUUACUAAUGCAAAACUUUGUAUGUCUUGGGAGUCCAGUUAGACGGUCCAAAAAUUUUCCUGAAAAAAAUCAAUGUGACCUUGUAUUAUACCUUAGAUUCUUUUGUUCCAUUUUUAAAUGUUUGCAAAACAUUUGUGCUCUUUGUGCAAAACUAAAGAAACUUUUGGGGCGAAAUAAAAAAUACGCUUAUUCUUAAAGGACCCCGUUCUUCUCGCUUACUAGACAAAACGUGCGCAUUGUAGACACGAGUGGUCUAUCUACGUGUCAGUUUAUAAUUGGUAGAUAUCGAAUUACGCACACUUAAAAGGAACGGUGGAAAGACGGCGAAACCUAAAGCCUCAAUGAAUUCAAAUCGUCGGAUCAUCGUAUCUAACAUUAACCGUACGAUCAGACUCCACGUAGAUCUAACCGUCCAAUAUAAUCUCUAGAAAAAUUGAAAUUUGAAAAUAUGUUUAGAGAAGAGGGAGGAGAGAGCCUGUGGAAGACGAAGAAGAAGAAGAAGAAGAAGAAACUCCACAAAUCAGCUCAGAGAUCACACUCAGAAAACCUAGAUCCGUAUCCCCCGACGGAGCGCGAAGUUUUUCAGAUGGGUAACGCCGGCGGAGGAGGUAAACUCCCGCCAAAAAAUGACGGUGGGUUUGGUGCCCCAGCGAGGGAUCCAGCAAGGCAACUCGAUGAACAUUCACGGCCUAAACCGGCUCCUACCGUCGUCACUUCCUCGCUUCAUCCGGUGGCGAUGUCACAAUCACAAAUCCUCAACGCGCCAAUCAGGCUUUCAAGGCAGGAAUCUCCACAAUCUAGACCAAUGCCUAUUGUGGAAGGUAGAGAUGGGACUCCUCAAAAGAAGAAGCAUUGUAACUGUAAACACUCUCGCUGCUUGAAACUGUACUGUGAAUGCUUUGCGUCCGGAACAUAUUGUGACGGUUGUAACUGUAUCAAUUGUUUCAAUAACGUUGACAAUGAACCUGCAAGACGAGACGCUGUGGAAGCAACUCUGGAGCGGAAUCCAAAUGCCUUCAGGCCUAAAAUUGCUCAUGGUGUGAGGGAUAAAAGGGAGGAGAUGGUGUUGUUAGGGAAGCAUAACAAAGGAUGCAACUGCAAGAAAUCAGGAUGCCUUAAGAAGUAUUGUGAGUGCUUUCAAGCGAACAUUCUUUGCUCCGAGAACUGCAAAUGCUUAGAUUGCAAAAACUUUGACGGAAGUGAGGAGAGGCAAGCUCUGUUUCAUGGUGAACAUGCCAACAACAUGGCUUACCUCCAACAAGCAGGUAAUGCAGCCAUUACUGGCGCUGUUGGUUUCUCAGGCUUUGCUCCUUAUCCAGCUUCUAAGAGAAGGAAAGGAGGCCAAGAUAUUUCCUUCAGCCAUGCGACCAAAGAUACAUCUUCAGCAACUGGUCCAUCAAAGUUUGUAUAUAGGUCUCUCUUAGCAGAUGUAAUCCAUCCGCAAGAUGUGAAAGCGCUUUGCUCUGUUUUGGUUGCUGUAGCCGGAGAAGCAGCAAAGACAUUAUUAACAGAUAAAAGAAAUGAAAACCGGGUUGGAGAUCACACAGAAACUUCUUUAGCUUCUUCUGCACAAGAAAACUCACAAGGUGAUGUCGAGAUGGCUGAACCUGAUGGAAACCAAGCUGAUAAGUCUAGAGGAAAGCCGCUAUCUCCAGCAACUUUGGCUUUGAUGUGUGAUGAUGAAGAAGACACUAUGUUCAUGGUAGCAGCAUCUGAACCUAAUGGUUCAGUAGAUCCUGGUGGCUGCAGAACAAACUCACAGGGGCAGUCACAGAACUACGCAGAGCUGGAGAGAGUGGUGUUAACCAAGCUCAGAGAUUGCCUUAGUCGUCUUAUUUCUUACGCAGAAUUUAAAGAAUCAAAGUGUUCAUAUUUAGCAAGAAGGCAUAUACAGUCACCCCCAGCAGCAACCGAUACUGUGAAAAUGGAGAAUGGGAUACAACAAGUACCACCAAUUGUGAAUGGAGCUUCACGAGCCACUAGUCAACCUACAGUCAACAAACCGCAGCUGUUUCAGCCGAUGCAGACCACAACAAAUACCUCAAGCACUCAUCAUCCUCAUAAACCUCCAGCUUUACCGGAGAAGAAAGACCCUCUGAAUCAAUAAAGUACUAGCUGAUAGAAACUUAAUUAUUCAUUCAAAAAAAAAAGAAGAUAUAAACUUAAUUACAAUUGUUUAUUAAUAUUUAUUUUAUUUUGUGUAGUCUUAUAUUUUCUAAUAUUUUAGUUAAGACUUUAUUUAUGAGUUAUUGAUUUGUGAUAUUUUAAUCUACUUGAUUUUGCAAAAUAUUCAACUACGCUACGAUAUUUUUAUAAAAUUCUAAUUUUAUUUUAAUUUGGUUUAAUGUGUUAUCGUUUGUCUGGUUAUUUAUUUUGUUAUGUAGGUUGUGUUAGCCUAAAUAGUCUAUUUACUCUACUUUUAUUUUGGGUGAUUUAUAUUUUCAAAAACGUCUUAUUGGUGUUCUAAGGUUUUGAAUAAGCAAGCAACAUAUAAAUAAAUUAUAUAAAUCAUAUUCUAGUUGUUAAGUUGUUUUCUUUGUUUAAUUUUUUAAUAUUUCUGAGAGCAACAUAAACAUAUUAAGACUAAAACAUUAUGGCUCAAUUGGUAGCACUUAGAUGAAUCAAAUGAAUUGAAAAUAAAUGAACAUGUUUUCAUUUGAGGAAAUGAAUAAAUAAAUAAAAAGGAAUAUCGAUGAAUGUUUUUCUUUAAGAAAAUUCUAUUUGUUCCUAAUCAAAAUUUAGAAGGAAUAAAUGUCUUUAUUAAUUCAUCUAAACAUGAGGAAAAGAGAAAUAUUCAGCGGGACUUAUAUGUAAUAAAAUUGACAAAAAUUCAACAUGAUUGGUAUAAAAUUAGAGAAACAAAAAAUUUAUCAUUUUUUUCCUAAAAUAUGAUCACCAAUUGGAGCAUAUUAAAGAAUGAACACACA